CCCACCACUCGACACGGAAUCUUCAAAAAAAAUGGAGCUCAUGUCGAAAAUUGGGCUGAAUCCCGCAAAACCUCUGGAAUCCCUUAGAAUCCCUCCAAUAUCCUCCCCAAGUCCUCAGGGGCCUCUGGGCCCUCCAAAAUUAUCCAACGAAAUUCCCUCCCCCUCUCAUCCUGACCUGGACGAGGCAGUCUUUUGUUGGUUCGAGAGGAACAGACAUCAAGGCCUCUUCAUCUCCUGCGCUAGACUGAAAUCAGAAGCAACUUCCCUCAACAAACAACUGUCCCCCAUCUCGAAUUUCACAGCUACUGAGCAAUGGCUGAGCUGCUGGAAGGCUCGGUAUGGAAUUCGCUACCUUCCAGAGACCCUGGAGAAGGUGACGACGGACAAGAUGGGGGAGAAAGAGUUCAGGAUCGAGGUGAAUCGAGUUCUCAGGGACGGGGACUUGAGGAAGUGCCAGGUUUUCAAUUGUUGCGAGGUCUCCUGGAGCUGGAAGAACCUUCCGAGGAGGUCGCCGGCGGGGACGGGUAGUCUGGAGCAUUCUACUGGGGAUUAUGUGACGGUUAUGGGGUUCUGCAAUGCUGAUUUCUCCCUGAAACUACCUCUGGUGGUACUCCGGAGACCUGGAAAUGUUCAGGUUCUGGAGAAUAAGAAUAACCUGCCGCUGUACUCGAUCGAGAGGAAUGAACCCUGGAUGUUCUCCAGUGUUUUAGGGAACUGGUUCAGAAAAGACUUCGUCCCUGUUGUGACAAAAUUCUUAGAAGAGAGACAACUGCCUCCAAAAGCCAUUCUCAUCGUCGAUGACACUCGGUUCCUCCCCACGAACCUGUGGUUCGGUGACUUCAAGAUCGUCUUCCUCCCCAGGAACUCCACCUGUCUGAUGAGACCGUUUUACCAAAAAUUAGAGAACAUCAAAACCCACUGUAAAAAGACGUUGAUCCUCUCCCUUGCACUUCACAUGGACUGUGACAAGUCCAAGGGAGUCCGAAGGCAUCUGCAAGGGAGCAUAACGAUUGUGAACCUCUUGAACUGGAUUUACACCGCGUGGGAGAAUAACAAGGGUGAGAAACCCAGACAAGUCCUGGAGUCGUUGAAGAGCAUCGACGGCUUCAAGGACUUCACGGUGGAGGAGUUGAACGAGUGGCUGAGGGACUCCGAGGAGGACGAGGUGGCUGGAGUACUCGAGGGAGAGGAAGCUGUGGAGAUUGUACAGACACCCGACAUGACUGCCUACGGGGACGAGGAAGGGGCGAGUAAUGGGGAAGUUAUCACACCGAGUGACGCCGUGAGAUACCUGGAUUGUGUCAUCGAGUUUUUCUGUCACUGCAGAAACCUCUCAGAGACUGAUCUCGCUGCGUUGAGACUUGCUAGGGAAACUGCGAAUAACAUUAGUGUUUGAAGUGAUUGGGUGAGGGGGAUUCCGGGAGUAGAAGAAAAAAUAGUGAAAUACGGGAAAAACAUAAAAAACAUUAAUUCUGAGUGAAAAGGGAACACAACAGAAUAUGACGCGUUUUCUGUUGGAACGGGACUUUUUGACGACGAAUUUUGUUGCGAAACUUCAAUAUAUUUCGAAAAAAAAAAACAUUUUCAUAGGGGGAGUGGGGCAAGAUGAAACAGUCAAAAAUGACUGACGCAA